CGUUAUUGAAGGCAAGUGUCGUGUUUCUCUGCUAUUCACUCUGCUAUCUUUACGUUCUUUCCACAGCUGGUUUUAUGCUGACAACAACAUUGGCCGGAGAGCCUUUUAACCUUAUGACAGUGGUGAAAGAUGAUAUGAUCGUAAAUGAAACCCAUUCUCAGGGUGAGCAAGACACGUUAAAUGCACAUUCGAAGACCGUGCAGAAGCAGAAGGGCAAACAAAAGCAGAUGUCCAUAGAAUUCUUUGCUUCACCAAUGAGGAAAAAACAUAGAGCUGAUAAUGAAUUGUCCCACACCAAAGUGCUAAAGAGACCCAAACUUGAGACUUCUCACGAGAAAAAUGGAUCUAGUUCUAUUGCUAGUGAAGUUAUUGAAAUCGAAAUUGGCGGGAAGGAUCAAAAGACUCACGGGGAGAACAAUAAUGACGAUGAAGAUCAAGAAGAGAGUGAAGAAAGUAUUGAUCAAGAAAUAAUGGAUUUGGCUACAGAGAGCGAUCAUGAAGAGAUUGAAAAUGUCGAAGCUGCAGAUGCCGAGAAAUCGCAAUCUGAGCUCAGAAAGUUAAAGCGUGAACAGGAGCGAGAACAAAAACAACUUCAGAAACAGAUAGAAGAAGAGAAGAAGAGAGUAUUAAAACAGCAGAAGAAAGAGGAAGAAGCUGAACGUCGUCGACUCAAAAAGGAAAAGGAAGAAGAGGAGCGGAGAUCAAAACGAGAAAAGAUUGAAGCUGAACGAGAAGCUAAGCGCCAACAAAAGGAACGAGAAAAGGAAGAAAAGCAAAAAAAGAGAGAAGAAGAAGCAAAGCUUAAAGAGGAGAAAAGGAAACGAGAAGAAGAAGAGAAGACGAAAAAGAAGGAGGAACUCGAAAGAAAAAGGCACGAAAAGAUCUUAGAAAAGCAGAAACUUGAAGAAGAAAAGGAGCAGAAGAAGCUAGAGGAGGAAGAGAAAAUCAAGAAGAGGAGUAUAACUAAUUUUUUCAAAGUUAAGCCUACUUUGUCCGACGGGAAUGUAGAAAGUACAGCGAAUUCAUUGACGAACAGUCAGACCACAGGAAUUCUGGUUGCAGCACAAGUCCAGAAGGUAAAUACAGAAGAGUCGGAAAAAAGUGAAUUUCAGCAGUAUUUUCUACCAUUCUAUGUUAAACCUAAUGCCAAGCUCGCAGAGACUAUAAAGAAGGAAAUUUCUUCCAAGUGGGACGAGUUUUUGAAGUCACCAAGUUCAUUUAUUGAUGAACCCAGGAAAGUCUCAAAAGAGAAACCAAUUUUUGAGGGCAAAACGGAGCGUGCAUUUGAUGUUUUGAAGUGCCUCAAUGCAGGCUCGAUGAAUGAGGCCAAUCGACUGUUUCGUGAAGUUCCGCUCAGGUAUAUUAAAUUCUACGAGAAGAAGCAGCCACCAUAUUUUGGGACUUUUUCAUAUACGAUGUCAGAUGUUGAGGAACCCGGUUUGGACUUGAGGUUACAGCCUUGGUCCAAGAUUACUCUAAAACGCAGUAGUGGCGCUGUUGAUAUUGAGGAAGCCCCGGCAGGAGAGGAAGCUGUCAUCAACUACGAAUACGAUUCAGAGUUAGAGGGAGAAAACGCCGAGGGCGAAGACGACGAGGAUGGAGAGGAUUUGGACUCUGCUGACGAGGAGGACGACGAUGACGACGAAGCGGGGUCCUCCGACAUCGACGAGUUUGUGGAGAAGGAUUCAGCCGAGGUGACUAGCGGUGAGCGGGAAAGUGAAGGAAGCGGCGGCCAGAUGAAAAAAAGACGCGUCAUUGGACCGCUGGUGCCUGCUCUACGCCAUUGCCAAGACGAAAUUGCUGACGGUGACGAGUUUGGAGAAUACUUCACGACGCUUCGAUGGGAGAGAAUGAACAGCGACAUUGAUUUCCCAAUCGAUCCUUUCAAGAACUACUGGAAGAAGCAAGGUAGCACCAAGACCGAGAAAGAGGAGAACGUGCCAAGUACUAGCAUGCAGGGAAAGACCUUGACGUCUGCUUUGAUGAGCGGCGCCAAAAACAGCGAGGCGUCCGCCACAAGUUCUAAAGCUGCUGCUGCUGCUGCUGCUACGGGCAGCACUGUCCCGCUUGGGGUGAAGAAGAAGGUGAUUACCAACGCCGAACACGUGCGGAUCUUGCUGGCCUUUGUCGACAGCCACAAGACACUCUCUCUCAACACGCUAGCGGAGCUUGCGGUGAAGGACGGGGCGAGCCAGGGCGUGCUGGGGGACUACUCCCGGGCCGUAGUGAAGAACACGGUGAAGGCGAAUGCGUCGUUUGACAAGAAAAACGGCUGGCAGGUGCUGGCUGACGGCGCUGUCGACACGCGAGGCGUGGGAGUGUAGGACAUGCUCUGUGUAUCUUUUGUAGCCGACCGAGUGACACAGAUCGAGAUAGGCGGCUUAGCCGAGGCGAGCGCAGAC